AUGCUUCCGAGUGGCCUCUCGGGGCCUCCUCCAGCGAGCCACCAGCUGAGGGCGGCGCCUAGCCACCAGCUGAGGGCGGCGCCUAGCCACCAGCUGAGGGCGGCGCCUAGCCACCAGCUGAGGGCGGCGCCUUGCCACCAGCUGAGGGCGGCGCCUAGCCACCAGCUGAGGGCGGCGCCUAGCCACCAGCUGAGGGCGGCGCCUUGCCACCAGCUGAGGGCGGCGCCUAGCCACCAGCUGAGGGCGGCGCCUAGCCACCAGCUGAGGGCGGCGCCUAGCCACCAGCUGAGGGCGGCGCCUAGCCACCAGCUGAGGGCGGCGCCUAGCCACCAGCUGAGGGCGGCGCCUAGCCACCAGCUGAGGGCGGCGCCUAGCCACCAGCUGAGGGCGGCGCCUAGCCACCAGCUGAGGGCGGCGCCUAGCCACCAGCUGAGGGCGGCGCCUAGCCACCAGCUGAGGGCGGCGCCUAGCCACCAGCUGAGGGCGGCGCCUAGCCACCAGCUGAGGGCGGCGCCUAGCCACCAGCUGAGGGCGGCGCCUAGCCACCAGCUGAGGGCGGCGCCUAGCCACCAGCUGAGGGCGGCGCCUAGCCACCAGCUGAGGGCGGCGCCUAGCCACCAGCUGAGGGCGGCGCCUAGCCACCAGCUGAGGGCGGCGCCUAGCCACCAGCUGAGGGCGGCGCCUAGCCACCAGCUGAGGGCGGCGCCUAGCCACCAGCUGAGGGCGGCGCCUAGCCACCAGCUGAGGGCGGCGCCUAGCCACCAGCUGAGGGCGGCGCCUAGCCACCAGCUGAGGGCGGCGCCUAGCCACCAGCUGAGGGCGGCGCCUAGCCACCAGCUGAGGGCGGCGCCUAGCCACCAGCUGAGGGCGGCGCCUAGCCACCAGCUGAAGAGGUAA